CGCAUGGAGCAGCCGGCGGCGGGCUGAGCCCCGGCCCGGAGGGAGAUGCUGCGCUCAAAAACUCCGUUCUUAAGAAGCUGUGUCCGUGCAAAUGCCUCCUAAUCCGGGUCUCAUGGUACCGAGUGACCCGUCCCCCCUGUGAGAGUCGCUCCCCAGCCUCCUGAGAAGAUGUCAGGGAUGCAGGCCGUGUGGCCGUCCGGUACAGAAUGUAUCGCCAAGUACAACUUCCACGGUACCGCCGAGCAGGACCUGCCCUUCAGCAAAGGAGACGUCCUCACCAUCGUCGCUGUCACCAAGGAUCCCAACUGGUACAAGGCGAAGAACAAGGUGGGCCGCGAGGGCAUCAUUCCCGCUAACUACGUCCAGAAGCGGGAAGGGGUCAAAGCUGGCAUCAAGCUCAGCCUCAUGCCGUGGUUCCACGGGAAGAUCACACGGGAGCAGGCGGAGAGGCUGCUGUACCCCCCUGAGACGGGGCUGUUCCUGGUGCGGGAGAGCACCAACUACCCCGGGGACUACACACUGUGCGUCAGCUGUGAGGGCAAGGUGGAGCACUACCGCAUCAUCUACUCCUCCAGCAAGCUCAGCAUCGACGAGGAGGUCUACUUCGAGAACCUCAUGCAGCUGGUGGAGCACUACACCACGGACGCGGACGGGCUCUGCACCCGCCUCAUCAAGCCCAAGCUGAUGGAGGGCACGGUGGCAGCGCAGGACGAGUUCUCCCGCAGCGGCUGGGCCCUCAACAUGAAGGACCUCAAGUUGCUACAGAUCAUUGGCAAAGGGGAAUUCGGAGACGUGAUGCUGGGGGAUUACCGGGGGAACAAAGUCGCCGUGAAGUGCAUUAAAAACGACGCCACAGCGCAGGCCUUCCUGGCAGAGGCGUCCGUCAUGACGCAGCUCCGACACAGCAACCUGGUGCAGCUCCUGGGGGUGAUUGUGGAGGAGAAGAGUGGUCUGUACAUCGUCACCGAGUACAUGGCCAAGGGCAGCCUAGUAGAUUACCUGCGGUCACGCGGGCGGUCGGUGCUCGGGGCAGACUGUCUGCUCAAGUUCUCCCUAGAUGUCUGUGAAGCCAUGGAGUACCUGGAAGCCAACAACUUCGUGCACCGGGACCUGGCAGCGAGGAACGUGCUGGUCUCGGAGGACAACAUCGCCAAGGUCAGCGAUUUCGGGCUCACCAAGGAAGCCUCUUCCACACAGGACACGGGCAAGCUGCCCGUCAAGUGGACAGCACCAGAAGCACUUAGAGAAAAGAAAUUCUCCACCAAGUCGGACGUGUGGAGCUUCGGGAUCCUCCUCUGGGAAAUCUACUCCUUCGGGCGAGUGCCUUAUCCGAGAAUUCCCCUGAAGGACGUGGUGCCCCGUGUGGAGAAGGGCUAUAAGAUGGAUGCUCCAGACGGUUGUCCGGCCGUCGUCUACGAGGUGAUGAAGAAGUGCUGGACCCUGGACCCCGGCCACCGGCCGUCCUUCCACCAGCUCCGCGAACAGCUAGUGCAUAUCAAAGAGAAGGAGCUCUACCUGUGAGGGGGGGGCUCUGCCACCCCACAGCCGCAGGGGACCCACGCUGGGGGGGACCAGGGUGUGGGCAGCCCCCCUGCCCCACCACGGCACCAGGAGGGAGCCCCGGGGGUCUGGGUGUCCCCCUCCCCUGCCCCAAUUCCCCCGGUUGCUUCCAAACUUCCAAAUCUGUCAGUUUUUAUUUUUAUUUUCUAGGUUUGGGUUUGUUAUUUUUCGUUUUGGUGUCCCACGCUUUUUUUUUUUUUUAUUAUUAUUAUUUUUGUGGGUGGUUUUUUUUUGUCGUUUUCUCAGUUUUGGGGGGCAUUUAUUGUUUUGGGUUGGUUUUUUGUUUUUGUUUUUUUUUUUUGUCGUUGUUUUUUUAUUAUUUCAAGCAGGGCCCAGCUGAGCGCCGGGCAUUUUACUAAAGUACGAAUCUUAUUUUUUAAUGUAAUUAAAAGAAGAAAAAAAAAAAAAAAAAAAAAAAAAAAAAAAAAAGAAAGAGAAAAGAAGGUUGUUAAAAGGAGAAUAAUAAUAAAUAAACCAAUGAAACGGACACAUGAAAAGGAAACCCCCAGCGACAGAAGUGAUGGUUGACGGGGAGACGCUGGACUCGCCGCCCGGUCGGGAGAGCGCGCCGCGUCCCCGCCAGACGCUUUUUAUUUUUUGGGUUGUUUUGCUUUAAACUCGUUGCAAUGUUUGCAUGCUGUCUCCAGAGGCCUUUUUUUCCAGUCCUGUCCAGUGCUUUAUUCUCAUGUAAUGCUACCGACUGUGAGAUUAAAAACUGUAAUAAAAGAAAACCAUUCCAUACGGACGCGGCA